AUGUCUCCUCGUCCAAUCGUCCCCGGCAUACAAACAUUGAAACGCAAACGGGCGAAACGUAGCAAUCCACAAAUUAUUCUAAUUUUGAACAGCUCAAGAAGUGGAUACUGUCUCCGAAUAUCUAACGAUUUUGUGAAUAUUUGUGAUGUACUCCUCAUAUGGUUGCUGAAAAUCCGUCGACAGCCCACGAUCGGUUUCACCCUUUUUGGGGCUCAUCAGGCGCAGUCCCCGGGUUUCCGUCAACCUUAUGUUCUACCUGAAGCCAAAUUGCACGAAACAAGCGAAUAUACACUCAUUUGCAAACUAAUUUGGUUUUUCGAGAGACUCACCUGGAACCCAGCUGAACCUCUCGUUUGUGAUGUUUCCAGGCGACUGAAUGUGCCGCACCAGGCCGCCUCAUGUUUCAGUCGCUACUGUAUUCGAGAUAUCGCGUUACAUGUUGCUGAAAACCCUGAAAACAUCACAAACGAGAGGUUCAGCUGGGUUCCAGACAUCUGCGGAGUUCCUGAGAGUACAUCGAGUUUGAUGCGCGACACAGCUACAAUGCUAUGUUCGAAGUGUGAACAACCCAUCCGUGAAGCUCACCUUCUGGUGGCAGACGAUAAAUAUUGGCACGAAGACUGCCUGCGAUGUGCUUGCUGUGAUGUACGUCUCGCGGAACUUGACAAGGUGUGUUAUAUGAAGGCAAGGAUGCCACUCUGUCGGCGUGACUACCUCAGGCUCUAUGGAAAAACGGGGAUAUGCGUGGUCUGCCUAAAGCGCAUUCUUGGAUUUGAGUUUGUUAUGCGGAUUCAAGAAAAUGUAUAUCACCUCAACUGUUUCUGUUGCCAACGUUGUCAAUUGAGGUUUUGCAUUGGCGACAAAUUCUACCUUCAAAACAAAACCAUUCUAUGUGAACAGGAUUACAUCGACUCCAGGAUGUUAUCCAUACAACCUAACUUAUGUCAGGAAACCAGUGAAGUUCUAACAUUCAAGACCGCCGUCCCUACCAUGUGUCAUACAUCAACAACACAAAAUAUUCCACCGUAUGGCAUAGAAUUUGGAAAAAAGCUGCCCAAAACUCAGCCGACCAUUAAAACACUUUCACGGCAGAACGACAUGAAAUCUACUCUUCAGCCAAGGCAAAGGAAGAAAGUUGCCAGUUGGAAAACCCACUGUGGUAGUCAUGACCAAGAAGCAAUGAAAACCAGAUCGGUGGAUAACGAAUUGAAACUGAAUACCUCUUCUGACGAUCACUCAAGUGGCUAUGGGUCACCGAGUCCAUCAGCCGUAACACCACUGGAGCGCACGUGA